UUCUCAACACGCUUUUCGCAUUUCCCAAGCUCCUUGCGCUCCCUUCAUUGAUCGAUCUUAGAUUGAACCGCUACUGAGCUGUCCUUUCUCUUGAGGGAUUAAGUUUGCAUUCCACAAUAAAACGCUACACAACCGAGGACCAUGGAUGAUUUAGAUCUCCACCGAAUCGACCAGAUCAAAGCAGCUUUGAAAGACAAAAAGCUCGUCAUUGUGACUGGGUCAGGAGUAACAUUGAAUGCCACGGCGACUCUCUCCGGCGAUGCACUAGAUGAGUUGUCAUGGACUGGCUUGAUCAAUCAUGGACUCGACUUUCUCGUCAAAAGCGGCAAGGUUGAGGCGGAUGAUGACGAUUUAAGAAACGCACGAAAAAAGCUUAAAGAUCCCAAGCCCAGCUCAAAACAACUGCUACGGGCAGCAGGAAGAUUGAAGGAGCUUUUGGAAGACACCGACCAACUGUCAAACUGGCUGGACUAUAGGUUCGGUAAGCUGUCAAAGCAAGUCAGGCAUCCUGGCAUCCUGAAUGUUUUGAAGUCCUUCCACGAGAACGGUACUCAACUGCUCACAACAAACUACGAUGAUCUUCUGGAGGAAGGAUAUUGUAAAUUAACCCGUAUCGGGCGGAUGGAUCAUCAGCAACUCCGGAAAUUCCAGAGCGGAAAUUUGCGCGGCGUCGUUCACCUGCACGGCAGCUUCCAUGACCCCAACGACGUUAUCCUCGAUGCAACGGAUUACUACAAAAUCGCCUCGUCAAACGACAUCCAGGAACUUCUGAGGUCGAUUUGGAACACGCAUACUAUCUUAUUCGUUGGUUGUGGAUCCGGGUUGGAGGACCCAAACUUCGGCGCGCUGUUGGAUUGGGCGAAAGAAGAUCAGAAAAAUAUCGCGGAUCGGCAUUUUCUCUUGGUUUCUACUGAGGAUCGGUUCGACUUCCCGCGUCUGAUGCGGUUGGAAUUUGGCACAAGCUAUGCAGACCUAGUGCCUUUCUUACAGCGACUUCUGGACGACCCGCGACGACCAGCAGCAGGGCCAGCGUCAGACUGCCUCAACUCCAUCGGAUUUCCCGACAUCAACGCACGGAGGCUGAACAUAGCCGAUGCCCAUCCCGAUACGUGCGACUGGCUAUUUCAAACCGCUGAGUUCAUAGAGUGGCGGGACCGCACCGACCUACCGAACCACAAUGGUGUACUCUGGAUCAAAGGCAAACCGGGCGUGGGGAAGUCAACGUUGAUGAAGCAUGCACUGGACCACCUUGAGAACAUUUUCGCCGACCACUCGAUCAUAUCGUAUUUCUUCAACGCUCGAGGCGGAAUUCUCGAGAAGUCUCCUCUCGGCAUGCUCCGGUCGAUCGUGUACCAGCUCGUGAACAAAGAUGCUGUCCUGUAUGAACAUUUCCUCUCCAUGUUUCGUGAGAAGAAAAGACUUCAAAGACAAGAAGUCCCUGAGUGGCAAGAGUCGGAAUUGAAGGACUUUAUAAUGUCGGAAAUAAGGCAGUGGAAACGGAAGCCACUUGUCCUUCUUCUUGACGCGCUAGAUGAGUGUAACGAGCCAAAUGUGCGAGAGGUAGUUAGAUUUCUCGAGGACCUGAGUAUUUAUGCUGUUAGAGCUGGUGGUACCUUGAGGACUUGUCUCUCGAGUCGUCACUAUCCCCACGUUAGCAUAAAAAAGAGCCUGGAAUUCACGGUGGAGAGGAUUAGGGAUCACGAUAAGGAUAUAGCGAGGUAUACCCAAGAAAGGUUGAUACAAAUGUAUGACGGUGUGGACCGGGAAGAUAUCCACAACGUCACCAAGGAGAUCCGAGAAAGAGCAAAUGGGAUUUUCUUGUGGGUCGUCCUUGUUGUUUCUCUGCUCAAUAUAGCCUACGACAAGGGCCGCGUUGAAGCAAUGCAUAAGACAUUGGAAGAAGUACCGAACGAUCUCGAGGAACUGUUCAACACGAUUUUGAGCAAGGGAGAUGAACAUAAGGACGAGACAACGCUCAUGCUGCAAUGGGUGCUCUUCUCUCGGCGACCGCUGGGGCCCGAAGAGCUCUUCUUCGCCGUAACUAAUUGGAUCGAACCCAAAGUCAGCAGCGAGGUUAUCCAUCGACGCAUCACCGAGUCUUCUAGGGGCCUGAUCGAAGUCCGAAAAGGGUAUGCCUCGGUGCAAUUCAUUCACUUAUCGGUCAAGGACUUCCUCCUUCGAAACCGUAGGCUACUGACACUGGACCCGACGCUGGGACCGGAGCCUAUCAGCGCUAGUCAUGGUCGAUUGUGGGCGUGCUGCUGGGCCUGUAUUGAGCGAGUGAACACGGGGUGAUAAAUCAGCAGAGCGCGUGGGCGCUAAGAAAUCG